UUGCCAUCAUCUUUCUAUUAUUUCAGACAGACAGACAUUUAACGUACACGUAUUCGUCUGAGAGAGAGAGAGAGAUGGAGGUGGCGCGGAGAGUUGCGGUGGCGGUUGACUUCUCGGAUUGCAGCAAGAGAGCGCUUAGAUGGGCGGUCGACAACGUUGUUCGGGACGGCGACUACCUUAUCCUCCUUACCGUUCGGCCCUCAGGCAACUACGAAGAGGGCGAGAUGCAGCUCUGGGAAACCACCGGUUCUCCGUUAAUCCCUCUAAUUGAGUUCUCUGAUCCUGUCAUUAUGAAGAAGUAUGGAGUGAAGCCUGAUGCUGAGACCCUGGACAUUCUCAAUACUGCCGCUAGGCAAAAAGAGAUUGUGGUGGUCUUGAAGAUCUACUGGGGAGAUCCUCGUGAGAAGAUAUGUGAAGCAAUUGAUAAUAUCCCUCUGAGUUGCCUUACUAUAGGAAACAGAGGGCUGGGCAAGCUUAAGAGGGCUAUAUUAGGCAGUGUGAGUAACCAUGUGGUCAACAAUGGCACCUGUCCUGUUACUGUGGUGAAGAAUGUGGAGCGUGAACAUUAGUUCCUUUUCCUGUAUGUGCUCAAGGAAUAACUGCAAUGCUGUCUAUGCUUCAACUGGAUUUCUUUUGGCAGCCAGAAUCCUACUUCUCUUGGUCUCUUGUCAAAUAAAGCCUGCAAUCUGUAGCUUGAGUUUGGAGUUAGUGUAUUCUAGGGUAUCCUGUGUGAUCUAUUCUGCAAAUUCUUGUAUAGCAAGCAAAUUCACUGUUUAGUCAACGUUUUGGAUGUUCUUUUGUUGGUUUUUAGUAAAACAAUCGAAGCAAGUUUUGCUUUGGAAUUAAGAAAUCAAACAAAGAAAUUGCCUCUUA